AUGGCUUCCUUCCAUGCAGUGAAAAAGUCAAUUAAUUUGGCGCCAACAGUGCGCGCCCUUCCAUCUGGUGUCCCUGCAGCGCCUCUUCUAAACCUCGCUGCACGAGCUCCGGCUGACCACCACGGCCAUGGACAUGGUUCCUCUGGUCCUCGCGCAGAUGUUCCCCCUUCUUGGGCCGGGGGCGUAUCCAAGUCACCAUUUGGUCUUUUUACUAAAACUUACACCACUGCUCCUGCUCCCAAAUUGUUCCAGCAACGUCUUCUGCAUACCUCUGCUGUCGUCAAAGAUGCCCCUGAAGUCCCAGACUUCUCUCAUUAUCGUGCACCAAAUACCGAUAACAACCGUGCACUGUCCUACUUUAUGGUUGGAACGAUGGGUGUACUUUCCGCUUCUGUUGCCAAGUCCAGUGUAUCCGAAUUCUUGCAAACGAUGGCAGCCUCUGCAGACGUUUUGGCCCUUGCAAAAGUUGAGGUAGACCUCUCGGCCAUUCCUGAAGGCAAGAACGUAAUCAUCAAAUGGCGAGGAAAACCCGUCUUCAUCCGACACAGGACACAGAGUGAGAUUGACGAGGCGAGAUCUGCAGACUGGAAGACUUUCAGGGACCCAGAGUCUGACGAGGCUCGAGCUAAGAAGCCGGAAUGGUUGGUUAUGUUGGGUGUUUGUACUCACUUGGGUUGUGUCCCUAUCGGUGAAGCCGGUGACUAUGGAGGCUGGUUCUGCCCUUGUCACGGCUCUCACUAUGACAUCUCUGGUCGUGCUCGCAAGGGACCUGCCCCUCUCAAUCUUGAAGUCCCUGCUCAUGAUUUCAAUGAUGCGGAAGGAAAGCUUGUUAUUGGAUAG